AACUUUUUCAGAUUGUUUUGUUUGCGACGGUACCUUGUCAAACACCCCUGAGACAAUUGCUUCAAGACAGGACAAGGCCACACCGACGAGUUAUAAGACCUUGGGUUCCGUUCAUUGGACAUCCCCUUGACUAUGACAGACGCAAAUGGUUUCCAACACCCUUGACCGCAUGUUCAUAACCUCGGUAUGGUUUGAAUCUAUUAUUUAUGGAAUCAAGUGGGUUCGGAGAUCUGGGGAAAGGUUUACGCUCAUUUCCAUCGACAGCUGCGUGCUUUUUGGCGCAUGUAUCUAUAUCUUGGCGAAUCGGAACAGAAAGUCGCAUAGGAUCCUUUUUCUGUCGUGUAUUUUCCACAUUUCAGUCUCCACAGCACACAACGUCAUCUCCCUCCUUCAGUCUCUGGAAGGAUUCACAACACCUGCCAUAAUAUCAGUCCCUAAUGGAAGCAGCCUGUACUUCGUCACGACAACAGCCUUAUUUAUUGCGAAUUUGGCAUUGUAUAUCGCUAAUGUUCUCGCUCAAGAUUUGCUGCUAAUCUGGAGGCUUUACAUCGUUUGGAAUCACAACUGGAAACUUGUCAUCGUCUUUUUAAUUGUGGAAGCUGCACAUAUUACUUGUGCUAUCACAUCCGUGGUUCUAAUAGCUCAGCCUAGUGAGCAACUCUUCUCGCAAAGUGUCCAAGCUUUUGGAAAAGCUAGUUGGUCGCUCGAUCUUUUCCUCAAUACCUUUGUCACGUCCGGAAUCGCAUAUUGUCUUUGGCAUGCGGGACGAGAAGUGUCCGAUUUCACUGGCCGCAAUGUCUACAAGGCUGCUAUGUUUACCAUCAUCGAGUCCGGUGCACUCAUUGCUAGCUGUACUGUGGUAAUGUUCGCGCUGGAUAUAGCUGGCAGCCCAGCUGGUCUCAUGGCAGUCAACGUUGCUGUUCAGAUUGCUACCACAACGCCUCUUCUUAUCAUCGCCCGUCUCGGCCUUGGCCUGACGCACGGAGAUACACAUUUCGAGAAAUCGUCAUCAAUUCCCGCAGUGACGUUCGCUCCACCAGUCCAGGUCAAUAUCGCCGAGGAGCAUAGAGUCAUCAUACUGUGAUGUGUAACAACAACUUACGUUCGAUGGCUAGGGCCAUUACGUGGAUUUGUCUAGGACCUAGGUAUACUAAUAUUCAACCAUCACGCUUACUGCUGCUGCGGCUCUUUGCGGUUGCCGCUUAGUCCAUGGUUGCAAUUUUUCUAGGGCACUUGAGACUGUCGGAUCAUAGUGCUGGCGUGCGAGUUGGUUGCGAUAGCCAGAUGCUACUACUUACUAAUUAAUACUACUACUAGGAGAAGGGUUACCAAGGGCCGUCACGUGAGAGUGCGAAAGUGAGAGGCUAUCCUGCAGCUUC